UCUCUUCCGGCCUCUCGCCACCGCACGCACGCAACAUCUCCAUCUCGCAACAAACCAUCAACCGGAGGCGAUUCAAGCUAGCGGGAUGGUGAUGCCGCCGUCGUCCUUCCCGGCCACGUCAGGCUCCGACGCCGGCGCCUGCGACGACGGCUUGCCGCACGCGGCCAAGAAGAUGUGGACCAAGAGAGAGGACGACCUGCUGCGGGAGCAGGUCCGUCGGUGCGGCGGCCCGCACAACUGGGACUCCAUCUGCCGAGCUCUGCCCGGCCGCAACUCCAAGUCGUGCCGCCUCCGCUGGUGCCAGCACCUCGACCCCAGGGUGGAGGCCGUCAAGCCCUUCACCGUCGAGGAGGACAUGCUCAUUGUCAAGUACCAGGCCGCCUACGGCAACCGCUGGUCCACCAUCGCCGAGUUCCUCUCCGGCCGCACCGACAACGCCAUCAAGAACCGCUGGAACUCCGUCCUCCACAAGCGCGCGCCCACCCUGCAGGGACCCCCGCGCCCGUUGGCUCCUUCUGCCGACCGAAAGGCCGCCAGCCCCGAGGUCACGCCGGGGUGCCUGCCGUUGUUUCCUCUGGCGAGCGGGGAUGUCAGGAUGUCCUCUCGUUCGACGGAGGUCGUGCCGGAGGCUGAGACAUGUGCGGCGGCGAGGGAGUGCCUCGAGCUGUUCCCUCUGGUGCCCGGGGAUAUCAGGGGCGAUGCCGGCACUGCGGCGCCGAGUGACAUGUCCUGCGGAGCAGGCGACCCGCUGACCGAGCUGAGGAUCUGGCCGGCGGCGAGGGUGGUGUUCGACGUAAUGCCGCUGCAGGCCUACCGGAUGUAGAUUCAUUCUGGUCUUCUUGCCUUGACUUGGUUGUUCUUUCAUCUUAGUUUUUGUUGAUCGUGGGGAAUUUCGUAGUGGGAUUUGACUUGUGAUGGUAGAGUUGUGCAUGAUGGGGUGAUCAAGAAAGUUUGCACGCCAUUGUAACGGGAGAGCUGUGGAUCUUGGUAUCAAGAGAACUCCGAAUUUUCUGUAAUCGUCUUGCUUGUUAGUUCGGCAAGCAAGAAAGUCUGAAGUUAGUGUAAUUCUGAACUUGUAAUUUCCUUGCCCAUUGGUAAUCAACAA